AUGGAUGACUAUCAGAAAUGGAGAAGAAGAGAAGUAAAGGAAACGAGAAAAGUUGAAUAUGCGUUUUUUCCAAAUAGAACAGUCGGUCAAACUUAUUUUGUAACAGUAUUGAUGGGUUGUACAAUUAUGGGAUUCGCAUACGCUAUUUUGAAAAUGUCUGAUAAAGUGAGGGAAAAAAGAAUAAAUAAAUUAAGAUCGGAGAGGAAAUUAAUGAAAACAUAUAUACCAUUCGAAAAUAAGGCGAUGCUGGUCAGAAUGACUGAUAGAGGCAUACUGCAGUACCAAAGAGAAAUUUUAAAUUUGCCGAAACAGCCUACUUCACUGAUUUCAGACCCUGAUAUUAAUUACCCAGAACCAAAGGGACAAAUGACAUUCUAAUAUUUUAACACAUAA